UACUGCGGUUACGUAUGAGUUAGUGAUAUUAAGGGUGGAUCCCAUACAGAAUGUCGCCAUGACGGACUGGUUUCUGAAACCUCACAUGUGACGUACAAAAGACACCAAGAUGGGGUCCGGAAGGAGCAAGACAGCGCCCCCUAAAGGGACAGGGGAUAAUAGAGUUCGUGCAAAUAGGUCAUCAACGUCACCACAGAAAAAUAAUACACCGACUAACUCCAAAACAAAUCCAGACAAUAACUGGACCAAAUCCGAUUCCAAAACAUUUCCAAACGAUGACUCGCCAAAACCCGACUCCCAAAAUACUACAAACAACAAAACGGGAGAGGCAACAUCAUCUGGGUUGACGGGUACUAAAAUCAAAGCACCGUUAACGAAGUCGAAAAGUAAGCUGAAGUUUCAGCGGGGUGUGAGUAAAACUCUGAUGAAAAUGACGGGGAAGAAAACCGUUCCUAGUGUAAAUCUGACCAGGACAUCAUCUAGCCCUAUACUCACUGGUGAUGUAAGCAUUGAGGUCCCGUCUACCAGCAAAAUCGUCAGGAUAUUUACUAGUAGUACGUUCACCGACACCAAGCACGAGAGAAACACGUGGAUGACGGAGGCGUACCCCAAAUUGCGUUCGUACUGCCAAAGCCAAGGAUACGAGUUUCAGGUGGUUGACAUGAGAUGGGGAAUCCGUGAAGAUGCGUCCGACGACCACACAACCUUUGAUCUGUGUAUGACCGAACUAAAGCUGUGUCAGCAACUCUCCACCGGACCCAACUUCAUUUCCCUACUCGCCAAUAAGUACGGAUACCGUAGCCCCCCGCGCACCAUACCCGUGAACGAGUUCCAGAUCCUCUUGGAAGGAGUAGAAAAAGAAGAAGUCAAAGCUCAACUCACCAAGUGGUAUCUCUGUGAUGAUAAUGCUGUGCCCCCCGAAUAUGUGUUACAACCAAUCAGCAAAUACAUACCUAACCGAUUGAGCAGUGAUACAGCGCUACAGAAAACGGCCAAGGAUGAAUGGAACGAUGAUGAGUACAUAAUAAAAGACGCGCUGGAAGUGUCAGCUCGAGCCAACCUCUCUAAAGAACAGGCAGAAAAGUACUACGUCUCUAUUACGGAGAAAGAGAUCCAGAAAGGCAUGCUCGACGUGACCAGUCCUGAUUCAAGCUGCCUGUGGUUUUGGAGAAAAAUCGAUGGCAUUGAGAACAUCGACCUUAACGAGCACGAAACACUCAGAAAUUAUAUAGACUGCGGUGGAGAGGAGAAGUACUGGCAGGAAUCCCGUAGGCUGCUCCAUACCCUUGAGGAAACAAAGAUGAAAUCUCACCUCCCAGCCGAAAAUAUACACCAGACCAUCGUCCAGUGGACUGACAAAGGCAUUGACCCCGAUUCUGCUGAACACCAGACAUACCUUGAAACUAUGACGGGGAUUUUUUUCAAGGAGAUGGUCCGGUUAAUUGACCUUGGGAUAAAACAGCGGUCAGCCAAGGAACUGACCGAUCCCCUCAUGCUGGAAUGUUGCCAACACAUACGAUUCUGUCAGCAAAAGUGUGAGAACUUCUGUGGAAGGCAGGCGUCCCUAGAAAAAAUAGAGACGUACAUCAAAUCUACGACCACGAAGCCGCUUAUUAUACACGGGGCCUCUGGAUGUGGAAAGACCUCCUUGAUGGCCAUGACAGCCCGAAACGUCCGGUCGUGGAUGCCAGACACACAGCCUGCAGUCGUGCUCAGGUUUAUUGGGACGACACCUGACAGCUCAAAUAUCAGUGGCCUCCUCCCCUCCGUCAUCUGUCAGAUAAAGGCAAUCUACAAACAAGAAUCACAGAAUCCAGAGAGCCUACAGGAAUUGGAUAAGGAACUGGAAUAUGUACUGAGUUUUGCCAAACCUGCGCAACCUCUUGUUAUCCUUCUGGAUUCAUUAGACCAGAUUGACAUCUCCCACAACGCUCGGAGUCUCUUCUGGUUACCAAGGACGCUUGACACACACGUCAAACUCAUAGUAUCAACACUCGAGGACGAGGAGUUCGAAUGCUUUCCAAAGCUGAAGGCUAUGUUCAAAGACGAAGAGGACUUUUGGCUUGUGCCUGAACUGAAACCAAUCGAUGCUGAGGGUAUAAUACAGCAAUGGCUUAAAUCCCGAAACAGGACUCUCACUCCACCACAGUUGACCUUACUCAACGAAAGUGUCUACCACUGCUCACUGCCAUUAUUCCUGAAACUAUCUUUUGAAAGUGCUCACAGGUGGAAUUCCUACUGGGACCAAAGCGAAACUGUUCUACAAAAGACGAUAAGAAGCAGCAUCGAUACCCUGUUUUCUAAACUGGAGACUAGUCACGGGCAGAUAUUCGUGUCGAGGACCCUCGGUUAUUCAACCGCCUCUAGGAAUGGGCUGUCGGAGUCAGAGCUCGAGGACGUUUUGUCAUGUGACGAUGACGUACUCAAUGACGUGUACCAGUUCUGGGUACCACCAGUCCGACGGUUACCUCCCCUGCUACUGGUCCGACUAAAAGCGGAAAUACAGCAGUAUGUAGUGGAGAGAGGUUCUGAUGGAAUUCGUGUUAUGUACUGGUACCACCGCCAAUUUAUAGAGGCCGCUCGAGCCAGGUACUGUGACUCAAGUGUGUCCGUCAACAUUAACAAAGGCCUGGCAGACUUCUUCUCUGGGAAAUGGGCAGAUGGGGGAAAAAAGCCAUAUGUAGACAAGAAGAAAAAGCCUGGUAAGAGUGACCGGCAUGUUUCAAGUCAACCCCUCAUGCACGGAGACACGUAUAAUCUGCGGAGAUUGAAUAACGCCCCCUAUCAUAGGACACAGGUCGAUGUUCUGGAACUAAAGAACGAAUGUCUGCUGAAUUUUAAAUUCUUACAGGCUAAAGUUAUGGCUUCUUCAGUACGACAUAUCCUUGAUGAUUUCGCGUUUGCCCGGAAACUAUAUCCAAAAGACCGUGACCUUGAGACUGUAGGAGCGGCGUUUGAGAUGUCCCAGGGUGCACUGCUAUACGACCCCUUACAAUUGGCUCCACAACUCAUGGACCGGUUGGCAGGAGAAAAGCUCACCAUAGACCUCCUAGGCCAGUGUAAACAAUGCAAUGUGCCAUUCCUCGCUCCGGACCAGGAAGUCCUUAUAAAACCGGGGGGUCAGCUGAUCUAUUGUUUGACCGGACAUCAGGGUCCUGUUCUUUCAGUGGAUAUCAGACAGGACGGAAAAGUUGCAGUUUCAUGUUCUGAUGACGAUGAAGAUUCCGUGAAAACGUGGGAUUUGACUGAAGGCAAACUUCUCAAGUCUUAUGAUGGCAUUAAGUUAAAUCCGUCCCAAGUCCGUUAUGUGUGUAAUGACAAGUAUAUCCUAGUAGACUACGAUGACGACUACAUCGCAAUACAGGAGUCUGGUGAGGUCGCUUCCUCCAUAGAAAAUAUCGGCGGUCAGUCAGCGGUAGGAGGGAAGAACAAUACACUGCUAGCCACUUUCUGUGAUGAUACGGUUGAUGUUUACAAUGUGGAAAACGGUGAAUGCGUUAAUACGGUGAAAGCUUCGCAAUCUCAGCUAGCAUUUUCUUUGGGCAUGCCAAGUGCAAUUGCGGCCUCUGAGAACUACGUGGUCCUGACGGACACAGACCAGCACUUCUUCACUGUGUACAACUUUCCCAAGCGGACCCUCAGUAACUGGGUACAGGUGUUCAGUUCCGAACGGGUUUCCGGUCAACCAGACCUCACCAUAGACGCCAUUGUGAUUAUACCGGACGAGACACAAUUCAUUCUAUCUAAUGUUCGGGACAACGACUUGCAUAUUUACGAUAUAAAAUCAUUGAACAGGCUCAAAACAAUUAAAGGUUUCCGAACGGACUAUGCCCAGAACUACAGGAUCACAGGCAUCGGUAAUUUUCUGUACUUUCCUAGCGAGAGUGAGGUCGUUGUUUGGAACCUGAAGAAGGAACAGCGGUCAGGUAUACUUCCUCACCCUGUACCAUUACGUGACGCCAUUUCCUGGGGGUGGAAAACCAUGGUUACGGCAACAGACGACACCACAGUUCGAGUUUGGGAUCUGGAGGGAAAAGAAAAAGAGACAAAAAACCAAAGUGUGGUCCUCGGCCACGUGAUACGGCACUUUGUCCCCAUGAACAACCCCCGUUAUGCUGUUGUUAUGGCACAGACGGACCGGACUGAGAGUGUCUGUCUACAGGUUUACGACAUCCUGACAAAGAAAGUUGUCCGCGAGGGCACACCGAAUGUACCUCCUGGUGUGAUAAAGAUCCUAAACGACAAGCAGAUAGCAAUGGUCACGUAUUCCAGGAAAAUUAAGACCAUCAAUCUGGACACCAUGACUGUGGACAAAGUGUUCGAAGGCGAUGUUUCCGCCUACACUGUGGAUCUUCAGGUCAAAUCUGACGGAUCAGAAAUCCUUACUCACACUAGAGGAAGACAGCAGUUUAAGAUAUACAACGCUACAACCGGAAAGACGAAAGCAAUUAUCAGAAGGCCGUCCAAUGUUAAAAAGGACAAGAAAAGUCCAUUCGAGGAAAUAUUUUACGUGAACAAAGGCUGGACUGUGUUGGCGGGGCGUAUAUCUGUGGGUCCAUGGCUCGUGUAUGAUUUAUCAACUUUACAGUGUAUUAAAUCAAUUUCGCCCAACGAGUAUAAUUUCAGCGAUAUACCAAUAGAGAAAACGGCUAUGUCUGAAGAUGGACAGACAUUGGUAUUCGCUGUAACGUCCUACAUUGAAAGUCCAGGGUCCACCACAGAAAAAUACCAAUUAACAUCGUUCGCCAUUUUGUGUACAAAAGAAAAUAGAGGUAUUGUUACGUGUGAGGACAUCGAGUACCAGAACCACUACUUUGAGAUCGUCAACAGGAAGGGUGUGGACGUGUCGGUUGAUGAGAUACACGUACUGGACGAUAACAGACUGCUCACUGUACACGAUGAUUUCAUCCUCAGAGUUUGGGAUAGAAACACAGGAGAACUGCUGAAUCGUCUGGAGGGACAUCGCAGUGCUGUGCGAGUGUUCAUGAAAGAGGAUGGCCCUUACAUCUUCUCAUAUGCAGAAUAUGAAGAGGAAAAUGCCAUUCGAGUUUGGGAUAAAUCGACACUUCAAUGUAUAGCGAGCUACAGAUUAGAUCAAACGGUUGUAUCGACCACGGUUUGUUCGGAUGGCAAACAAUUCAUAACAUCCACAAGAAGUCCAACUGCCCGCCUUAUUCACUGGAGAGUAGAAGGGGUAGAUAAUUCUACCAAUUUGUCGUCCUGUCCGAUGCUGUAUAAGGGGACAGCUUCCAACCCAAACCUGGCCCUCGUGGUUGAUGACGAUGACCUCGUAGAUGAAAAUGAUCUGGAUACCGAUGAAGAAGAAAGUGACGAAGAUGAUUAAGACAGAGGCACAGCAAAAGACAAAUGUUACUUAGACAAUCAUGCGAUUGAAGAAAUUGUGCUCUUCUUGCUAUAAUUGUCUCAAUGAAAUCGUGUUUAUAUAUAUAUAUUAAUAUAUUGACCUAAUGACCUUUAAAAGAAUUUCAAACCUUGAGCAGUGUAAAUGUGAGGGAGGAAUCAUGAUGUAGGACAUCAAUGUCUCAAAUGUACCCCGUGUUCGUUUUACGUUAAGUUAUUAUAAAAUCGAUCUCGGUGCAACAUGAUCACUUAACUUGUCCUGGUCUGGUAUUCUGUGUUGCAAAGCGUGUCGAGAACUAAUGACCACAACUUUUGAAGACAUAUGACUACAUCUGCAUCUUAAUCUUUGUACAUCCCUCCGUCUAUAUCUUGUGCUGUAGUGCGUUGUUAUGUACAGUGAUUUUUUAUUGUAUUUUUAUUUUUUGCUAUAGGAUAUAAACAGGUUAAAAGCAGCGAGUGUUAGUUAUGUUGUAGGUUUUGGAUAUGUUCGAUUAUGUUAUAUGUGGUGCAUGUCCUGAAUUCUGCUAGGAGGUUCCACUAUAGUAUGGUGUAUGGAAAGAAUUAGUGUCUGUAUGUGCCUUUGGAUGUGUAGAUAUGUCUGUAACUAAGGUCGUGUCCUUGACGUGUUCUGGUGUUUGCCGGGAUGAGAUUGUUAGUGUGUAUUGCUACUUGUUGGUUUAUUAUUUUGAAGAGAAGAAUAAUGCGUGUUUUUGUUAUGCGUGUGUGUAGUGUUGGCCAUUGCAAGUUAUGUAUCAUAUCUGUGACUGAGCUUGUUGAUGGUAUUUGUUUAGGACAUAUCGUACUGCUCUUCGUUGAACUUUUUCUAAUUGAUUUAUGUUAUUUAUAUAAUGAGGGUCCCAAACUGAAGAGCAGUAUUCAAGUUUUUGUCUUUUAUGUGUAGUGAAUUUAUUUAUUUAUUCUAUAUUACAUAUUUAGACAUACAUUAGCACGUGGCUAAUAUUCCUAUAUAGUGAAUAUAGUGUUCGCUGCCAUAACUGUAAUGUAAACAUCUUUUAGAACCUUAUGAGGUAAACUGGUUAUAGAAUUCUUGAAACAAGAUAAGAGUCAUCUCUAGUAUAUAUUAUCCGAUCUGCUAUCACUUAA